AUGGUGCUCUCGCUGCCGGUCCCCAGCUUCUCCAGAUCCUCCGCACCUCCGCCACUCCCCGCCGACGGCAACGCGCCUGCACCAUCCCGCCGACAUCGCGGCUCAGCUUCCACUUCCUCUAGCAGUUCCUCGUCCAGUCGAAAUGCCUGGAAACCGUCCGGCCUCGGAGGGGGAGCCCCAUCGUCCGUCACUUUGAGUGAGGCUCUACGCAAUAACCCUUUCGGUAGCACGUCGCGGUCCCGCUCGGCUCCGGUCUCUGUCCAGGAAGUAGAGGAGCAGAGGAGAGAGCAGGAUGAGCUUAAUGCUGCGCUUGAGACACUUGCUCGAGUUUUUCCGGAUGUGAGGAUCGAGGUCUUUCGCGAGCUGCUGGUUCGGUUUGAUGGUUCGAGCAGGCUGCAUGUCUGUGUUGACCAGCUCCUUCGACAUAAGGAUAAGUGGGUUUCGGGUAGAUGGAAUGUCUCUGCUGGGCAAAGCCAAAACGAGGAGGGGGAUGCAAAUGACCGUGAUGCCCGUCGACGGACCGGGGAUGGUUCGGCUGGCGAGGACUGUCUGGUCCCUCCCGAGGAACGAUUUCGAUCGGACGAAUACAAGGCGACUGUCCGGGUCGCUUUGAGCAAGGAAUACAGCAGCUUGAGCAAGAGUGUCGUUGAGGCUGUGCUAGCCGAGGUGAAUUUCAGCUAUGCGCGGGCCAGACCAACAUUACGAGAUCUAUCACGCCGCACCUGGCGAGCUACGUUCAACAGCAUUCUUCCCUCGUUUCGGAAGAAAAAAGAUAGAGAAGAGCAUCCGCUUGUGGUGUGGCAGCGCAGUACUGACGGCGAGAUCUUGCCCCGCUUGAAAGAAACAGGAUGUGCUGAGCUGGAUGCUGAGCUACAUGCCGCACUCGUGGCACCUUUUUUACAGCAACGACGCGAGGAGCAAGAACUCGGAGACUUUCGCAUUGCUGCCUCUCUCAACGAGAAGGAGGCCCGAGCUGCCGAUGCCCUCUAUGAAUGCGAGUGCUGCUUUGGUGAUGUGACUUUCGAGGAAAUCGCGACUUGCUCGGCCGAUGCUCAUAUUAUUUGUCAUAACUGCAUCCAGCGGACUACUCACGAAGCAUUGUUUGGUCAGGGCUGGGGUAAAUCUGUGGAUUUGGAACAUUCCACAUUAAAAUGUCUAGCUCCUUUAUCCAUCGGCUCUUGCGAUGGCUGCCUUCAUCCACAGGUUACCCGGCAGGCCAUUUUGCAGGAUACAGCUGGCAAUGAGACGUUACGAAAGUUUGAAGACCGUUUGGCAUUCGAAGCUCUUCUCAAGUCCCAGCUCAAGCUGGUCCGAUGCCCCUUCUGUUCCUACGCCGAAGCCGACCCGGUCUAUCAUUCUUCGGUUCGCGACAUUGGCUGGCGCAUCCGUCGCGAUGGAGGAACCCUUCAAACUAUACUGAUGAUACUUUUCAUCCUCGACCUCGUCCCGAUCCUCGUCAUAUCAUUUUUUGUCCUCCUCAUCCUAGACCCAUCCUCUCUGACAGCCAUCUUUGACACCGCCAUCCGACACCUCUGCCUCAAGGUCCGGGCUAAACGGUUUACAUGCGCCAAUCCAUCUUGCCAACGCAUCAGCUGCAUCGCCUGCCAAAAGUCCUGGCGCGACCCUCACGUCUGUCACGAACCACUAUUGACCGACCUACGCGCCACCGUCGAGGCCGCACGCACAGCAGCCGUGAAACGAACUUGCCCACGCUGCAGCCUCUCCUUCGUCAAAUCCUCCGGCUGUAACAAACUCACUUGUGUCUGCGGUUACUCCAUGUGCUACCUCUGCCGCAAAGCACUCGGCCCACCCCUCCAGCCCACCCGCCGCGAUCGCCAUCGCCCCCGGAACCUAGACAUCUACGACGGCCCAGCCGACGACCUAGACGGCGAGGUAAUGAACGACAUUUCCGACGACGAAUUUGAAGAACAACAAGGCUACAAGCACUUCUGCGAACACUUCCGCAUAAACCCCGGCUCCCGCUGCACCGAAUGCAGCAAAUGCGACCUCUACCAAGCUGAAGACGAAGAAGCCGUUGCUCGGCGCGCAGGUGAAAAAGCCGAGCGCGAAUGGCACCUUCGGCACGGCGAUGCUACUUCCGGUAGUGAGGCCUCGGCAAUCGGACUCCGCAAUGUCAAUCAAGACCUUUCUGCCGGCGCCGAGGGCCCUAUUUCCCGCCGCGUCUCCACUGCAUUGUGGGACCUCAACUUCCCAACCCCGGGUAAACCGUGGGCUUACUGGUUGGGCGACGUGUGGUUGAAUGGCCGGUGGAAAAUGGAGGGCCAGGUUUUAGUCAAUUGGAUUGUUGAGCAGGUUGUCGUGAUUGAAGACGUCUAG